UAAAACCCAAAACAAUUCAUUACCAAUCCUCACAUCAUCUCCCCCAAAGCCAGCCAUAACCAACAAACAAGCACUCCAUUUCUGCAUAUUUAUCUCAGAUACGAGGAUUUCAGAGAUCAUGCCAUACCAACAUCAACAACAUGACCAUCACCAGCAGCACAAGAACCUGUCAACAAUCCUCCCCAAGCGCAUAAUCUUGAUGCGUCACGGUGAGUCCGCCGGCAACCUAGACACUUCCGCCUACACCACCAUCCCCGACCACCAAAUCCAUCUUACCUCGGUUGGCCUGACCCAGGCCCACCUCUCCGGAGCCAACCUACGCGACCUUAUCUCCGGCUCCUCCUCUUCCCACUGGCGCGUCUACUUCUACGUCUCCCCCUAUGCCCGCACCCGAUCCACGCUCCGGGAGGUAGGCCGUUCCUUCUCGAAGCGCCGGGUCAUCGGGGUCCGAGAGGAAUGCCGGGUACGAGAGCAGGAUUUCGGGAACUUCCAAGUGGAGGAGAGGAUGAAAGCGAUCAAAGAGACUCGAGAAAGAUUUGGUAGAUUCUUCUAUCGCUUCCCCGAGGGCGAGUCCGCUGCCGAUGUCUUCGACCGCGUUUCCAGUUUCCUUGAGUCUCUGUGGAGGGACAUAGAUAUGAACAGGCUUCACCAUGACCCUUCCCACGACCUGAAUCUCAUAAUUAUAUCACAUGGGCUAACCUCACGUGUCUUCCUCAUGAAGUGGUUCAAGUGGACAGUUGAGCAAUUUGAGCACCUAAACAAUCUCGGGAACUGUGAAUUCCGAGUGAUAGAGUUAGGGAGUGGUGGAGAAUACAGCUUAGCAAUCCAUCACACAGAGGAUGAAAUGAGAGAAUGGGGACUCGACUCUGAAAUGAUAGCGGACCAAAAAUGGCGAGCCCAUGCUAACAAGGGUGCUUGGAAUGAAAAUUGUCCCUGGUAUCUUGAUGCUUUCUUUGACCAUCUAGCUGAUUCGGAUGAAAAUGACGAAGACGACAAAACUCCAAAUGAUGCUUCAAGCAUAUCUGCAUAGGUUGUCUGACAUUUAAGUUGACAUUCUUUUUGUUCACUUGAUCGUAGUUUAUGCAUAGUGAAUCUAAAUAGUGGAAAAGAAAUUUCAAUGUU